CGUGUGUGUGUGCGUCGCAUUUGUCGUCGUCGCUGUCGUCGUUUCGGUUUUUUUCUGCUUUCUGCCGCCUCGCAGCCUCGUCUCGGCCUGCACGACAAUCAGUGUCACCCACGACACCCGAACGAGUGGAUCUUUACUUUACUUUACUGCUUGUCCUGUGCUGUGCUGUGUGCUCGUUGUUGCUGUCACCUACACACUGUUACCGCGUUUCUGCCUCUCGUUUUCGUGUGCGUGCGCGUGUGUGCAUGAGACUUCUUGUUGCCGUUGCCGUCGCCGUUUUCCAAAUACGAAACAGUGCUUGACGACAAAACUUUUUCAAUAAAAAUUCUACAACAAAAUGCAAUAACAACAGAAACAAAGACUCAUGGAAAAUAUACGCUGUUUUCCGGCAAACAAUUUUUUUUAAAUGCAAUAAAACUGUGACCAAAAAUAAAACAAAACCAACGAAAGUCCGCGAGAAACCUUUCAAAUAGCCAAACGAAAAUAAAACACCGCAUUGAGGAAAAGUGCUGCGCAAAAUAUUGCGGAAAGAGGCAAGAGUUGUAUAACGGGAACCUGCCUGAGAUCCCCAGGAAAAACAAAAACAACAACUAAACAAUAAGGAACCAAAUCGAACACAGCAAUGGAGCACAUAAUGAAUCCGUUCAUGUCACCCGCUUAUCUGCUCGGCCAUGGCCCACAUUCACACUCACACUCGCACUCGCACUCACAUCCCCAUGGACAUGGCCAUGCCCAUGGACAUCCGGGAAUGGCCAGCUCCACAAACUCGCCAGCCAGCUCCCCAGGUGGAUCCUCGGGCUCGGGUGCGGGACACAGCAGCAGCUCCUCGAAGCCCAAGCGGUGGGGCUCGCCGCCCAUCAACCUGGCCGGACAGUUCAUCAAUCCGGCCACAGGCAAGAAGCGCGUGCAAUGCUCCAUCUGCUUCAAGACCUUCUGCGACAAGGGCGCCCUCAAGAUUCACUUCUCGGCUGUGCAUCUGCGGGAGAUGCACAAGUGCACCGUCGAGGGCUGCAACAUGGUGUUCAGCUCGCGCAGGUCCCGCAAUCGGCACAGUGCGAACCCCAACCCGAAGCUGCACUCGCCCCACAUCCGCCGCAAGAUCUCGCCCCAUGACGGACGCACCGCCCAGCAGUUCCCCGUGUUUACCGGAGCAGCUGCCGUGGCUGUGGCCGCCGCCGGACGCUUGCCGGCCGCCUUUCCCGGACUGCUGCCACCACCACCGCCGCACCACCAUGCCUCGCAUCAUCAUCCUGCGGGCGUGGGCUAUGCCCCGGCGAUGAUGUUCGGCGGCGGCCAUGGCUCCGGACUGCACAGCCUGGGACUGCUGUCCGCGGGACAGGAGCGCGAGGAGCGCCUCUACAAAGAUGAUGUCGAUGCAGAGGAGGAGGGAGAUGCCGAUGCUGAUGCUGAUGCUGAUAUCGAUGCCGAGGGAGAUGGCGAUGACGACGGUGUCUUCGUGUACGUGGACAUGCAUGCAAACAGCUCCAGUCCGGCUGCCUCCAGCCAGGAGUGCCCCAGCGAGACGGAUGCGGAUGCGGAUGAGGAGAUGCACUGCAGCCUGAGCCUCACCAGCCACAGCAGCAGCAGCGGCGCCUGUGCCGACGAGCAGCGUUCAGCCGACCAGCCGCUGGACUUUAGCCUGCACAAGCGACGCGAAGCAGAGCCAGAGCCGGAGCAGGAGCAGGAGCAGGAACCAGAGCGGGAAAGGGAAAGGGAACAGAUCAAGCGCUCGUCCAGCCCCUGCGGCGGAGCCUUCUCCAUGGAGCGUCUGCUGGGCAAGCGCAAGCGAAGCGACAGCAGUGCCUCCACCUCCACGCUCGGCCACCCAGAGACGAGCAUCAAAAUGGAAAUGGAAAUGGAAAUGGAGCUGGAGAUGGACGGCGACAGCUCCGAGGCACUGGCGGCAGCCUCCGCCUGCAUUGAUCUAUCGGCGCCACCGACCAGGAAGCACUCGCCCCAGCCCCAGCCACAGCCACUGUCCCUGUCCCUGCCGCUGAGUCUGCCGAUGCCGCUGGCCAUGGAACUGGAGGAGCAGCAUCACUUCCGACUGCUGCAGACGCAAAUGUUUGCGGCCGCUGCGGCAGCGGCUGCCACCGCCUCCAGCCAACAACAGCCGCCCAACGCCUUUCUGCCGCCGGGCGCCCUGGAGUCGCCCAAUGCGCCGCCCAUGUGGAGCCUGCUGUCCGAGGUGUACCGCUCGAUGCUGCUCAAGACGCAGCAGCAGCAGCAGCAGCAGCAGAGCCACCAUCACCACCAAGGCGGAAGCCACCAUCACCACCACCACCAUCACCACAGCAGCGGACACCACCAGCAGCAGGCGCCGCAGCAGUCGCCGGCGCCGUACGGCGACCUGCCCCCGACGAAUGCCGCCAUCUCCGUCUAAGCUUUGGGCAGUCAAGGACGAAGGAUCCUUAGUCAAAUGUUUAUUAUUUUUUAUUAUGAA